GAAUUUUGCAAAAGGAUGGGACAGAGGAGGCUGAAACUUUCAAAAACAAGAACUCUGUAAUGAUGAGUUUAAGCAAAAAUGUAACACUUUCAAAUUGUACCUGGCACAUUAGGGCAAGAUACAAAAGUGCAAAUGCAGCUUUAAUGUAGAAGUAGCAAGUUUCUGUCUGUCAUACUGAAAAUACAAAAUCUUGCCAAGUUACAAAGAAGGCAUUUUUUCAUACUCUGCAGUAGACAACCCUGUUAUUCAAUAAUAAUGCCUUCAUCUCUUGGUGGUGCUGUUGGAAGUGGAGAAGGAGCUCUUUUCACAUCUUUUCUAGUCUGUCUCCUUUUCUAGUAAAUACAAGUGCCUGCUGAAAAGCUCUGUGCUAAAGUGCCUGUGUUUCUCUAACAGGGACCUCAGAGAAGCACUGCUGGGGUUAACAUAUUGUUUUGCCCAGGCAUAUACAAGUGUAUUGCAGAAGGCACUAUGCAAAUAGUGUUCACAGAGUUUAUAAUUUCCUGUUGGAACAGCAAAGAAAAGAAGGUCAUUGAUUUAAACCAGAGAAUACAAAUGAUUUCCUGCCCACAAAGCUGCCAAAUGCUUGGAGUUAUUGAUUUUUUUUCCCUUCCCUGCUGCUAACCAAACACUUCUGGUCCUGUCAUGGGCAUCAUCAGCUUAUUGACUAAGUAAACGUAACUCAUUAAGCUGAACAUUUUUAAAAUAAUAGAAAAUUAUAAUGACUACAGUUAAAAAAAAAAUAAAAUAAAAGGAGAGGAGAGGAAAAACAGUUCCUGAAGUUAAUUAAGUUUUAUGUAGAUUCAAGUUUCUUGAAUUUAGGUUGGCAUACAAAAGUGAGAGAAAGGAGAGAAAGAAGACUCUGGGAAAAAAAAACAGAACUCCUUUCCUAAAGAAGCCAAAAAGAGGAGGGUGCAAGAAAGUGGGUACUUCAGAUUUUUAUGACCACAAGUAAAAUAAAAAUUACUGCAAAAUUGAGAUUGAAAGGGUAAAACUCUGUGGCAGUAGCAUGGUGAAGGUAUGUUUUUAUUUAUUUAUUUACUUAUUAGCAGCAGGAGGUCUGUGCUGUUGUCUGAAUAUUUUUUUUGAAGCCAGGGCUGAGCACAGCUGAUGCCUGGCCUUGGAACGUGUCAGCUUGGAGAUAACAUGUACGGUAUUAAUAAAUGUAGAACAAUACUUGCUGUCAAGUUGGUUACAAGGCAGUAGUUCACUGAAGGGGGCCUGACAAUGUCAAAAAGCAUUAGACCAGAGCCAGCAAAUGCUUUAUACGCUACAGCUGAACCUUAAAGAUGAAUUGAUGUCCUGGAUCUGACUUUAAGGCAUCUGUCUGCUCUGAAGAGCAUGUGUUUGUCUGAAGAAGCAGGGAAACAAGUUGCUUUUUCCUCCUCCUCCUCCAGCCAUCUGCUUACAUGCAGAAGGCAAGGAGCAAAACACAAGAGAACAAAUCCUAGUGUGUUGUAAAUGGACUGGGAUGCCUUACAGACAAAACGGUCUUUAAAAGUAGCAGCACAGACUCAGGAAAGGUGUUUAGAGGCAACUCUGAACAGCAGGGAGGCAGCUACCAGGCUGAGACACUGCAGAGAGGGCUGGCUUUCCCGUGGGACUUGCUGUUGCAGGUGCUGCUGCUGGCUUCCCUGGCCAUGAGUCUUGCGGUCCUUCGGUGUGAGAGUUAGCAGUGAGAGAAGAGCCAGUGGGAAGAGACACCAGGAGGGAAGUAAACAAGCAGAUUACAAAGUGAUGAAAAAUAAGGGUAUCGGUGUUCUACAGUGACUUAGAAAAGGUGUGACUGUUUCCUCCACCCCCUCACCUUCAUGCCUGUUGACUGAAGAAUACUAUUAAGUUAGGUAGUCACAGAUUAUUAAUGACCUGUUAACAGCUUCUUUAAUUUUCUAAUAAGUGCCAACUGCAGCUGCUAUAAUUAUUCUGCUGGUCCUACAACACGCCCUGUGCCAGACUGCAAAAUAUUUUUUUUGUCUGGAACACAUUGUUGUGCCUCUUAACAUGUGUGUACUGCACAUGGGCAAUUUCAUACCUAAGUAAAAUUACAUCUUAGACUGUCAGAGCCCUUUGCAGCCAUUAAAUGUUGGUAUCUUCCAGCAAAGUAGGAACUAGGAAGUGUUUAGUCACCUAUUUUUACAUGUGUGAAUUGAGACACCCAAAGUUUAUGGUUUUAGCCACAACUAUACAGUGAAUCAGUCCCUGAGCUGCUUGUGAAACCUGGGAGCACCGUCUUCUGCUUUGCUUGUGCUGGCAUCAUAUGAACUGCAAAAGUCAGGGGUAAAUUGAAAGUAAGGCCAAGUAGGGGCUUUUUCUAUCUAAGCAGAGGGUCCUGGGAGUAACACUGUAUAAAAGUGAUUGUAUCUCUUCAUCGCUCUUCCUAGUUCCCACAAAGAGAAAGCUGAGUAGUGUGUGAUGGGAAAACAAAACAUAAACAAACAGAAAAAUGUGUGUGUUGUGGUCAAAGGCAAAGUAUUUCCUCUUCAGCCUUCAAUUUAAGAAGUCUGUGGGCACAGAUCCCUACCAGCAUGAUUAGCAGCAGUCAUUCCCCGCUAACUGGUCCUGUUUCCUUUUCUAAUGGAUCACAGCACACCUAUGUAUCUCAUGUGUGCCACAUUUGUCAAAUUUCAUUGUACUGAGUGCUCGGUAAUCUAGCAUUUGAUCAACAAACCCCACAAAUGAGUAUUUGAAGAUUACAGUAGCAAUAAGGAAUGUUGUUAACAGCCCUGUUUGAAAGCUACUAGUGAGGAUGUAUCUUGAAAAUGCCGUAAAGCAGAUGCUGAAUUUUCAAAGAUCCCAACAGUUUUAGAAAACAAUGAUCCUGUGAAGGUGUUACCUGUUGAGCAUACACAAAACACACAAUGUUUUGAAAAAUCUCACCCAUCAACAGUAUGCAAAGGUGUGGUUCGUGCUUUUGCCCAGCUCUUGCACUGUCACACCUCCUUGUUGGACAAAGCCCUAUGCUGUAGCUCCAUAGGCAAAGCUUGUCCCCAUAUCCCUAAAGGUAGGUUUGUUGUAGGAAACAGCCCUGGAAUUGUGCUGAAUCUGUCUAGGCUGGCAUGUUUUAGUCUAAAAGAAGGCAUGGUUCAUGGGCAGGGACACAGCCCAAGUCUCUGACAGGGACACAGCCCAAGUGUCUGACCUGUCACAGACUUCCUGUGAAGUUGUUCCAUGUUUUUCUGCAACAGCUUUGCACAAUGAAAAAAAAGAUCCUGCAUUCCCUAACAGAAACUGUUGAAGGACCAAAGAUUUAGUGAGUAACAUUUAAAGUAUUAAACAGAGAGAUAUUUUUUCCUCAGAUCUUUUCCCACACAUAUUCUGAGGAGGAAAAUAUGGAUUGCGGUCAGCUGUUCUCUGAAAUUCCUCUUGACUCAUUUUUGGAAGGGAAUCUGAUUCACAUUCAACUGUCUUGUGAGUGCCCAGCAUAUCCUUUCCUUUUUCCAAGGGUGGAUGGAUAAAUCAGUAGCUACUGCCCAGAUCAAAUCAAAGGUCUGACUCGAGAUGCUGCAUGUGCAGUGGUGACAGGUUCCAUCACUUCCUUUGCCCUUUUGCACCCUCCAUCUUGUGCAGCUCUGUGCUCAAGUUAAAAAGCUGGAUCUGUCUGAACAGAAACCUUCAAGUACUAUGAGAACUUCUUUUCUUUCAUUUAUUUUUGAUGGUUCCCAUAAUAACUUUUUUUCCCCCUUUUUGUCUUUCUGAGAAUAGAAUGUUUCUAGGUCAGAAUCCCUGUUGGUCUUGUGCUGUUUUUGGUCCUCAAUGCUUAUUAAAAAGUCACGAGUCUUUGAGGUUAGUUUUUCCCCAGAUCCUAAUUUGUGUUAACAGAUUUAGCUGAUACUGAACCAGUUCUGCUCAUAUGGGCAAGGACCAACUUCUGUAAAUGAUCCGGAUGUCCAAAAUGUUUGAAAGUAAUUAGUUUUCCUCAAAGCCUUAGGCUUUAAGUGUUGAUCUGAUAUAUUUAAAAGGGACUUGACUUUCAGAGGAAGGGUAGGAUCCUUCUUUUUUGAAGGAGGAGCCCUUCAGGGAGGGUGUAAAGAUGGGCACUUGAAAUAAACUUACCACAACUGAGGAUCUGAGGGGAAUUAAGAUAGCAUUUUUUUUUAAGUUUUGGUUUUCAAUAGGAAGUUAUGAAUAAGAGCAGUGUGUUUGUGAAACGCCAGAAGUAUGUACUGCUAUAAUAUUAUAUAAUAAAAUGCAUUAGAUCAGCAAGGGUUUUGGCCAUAGGGCUGCAAACCUCUCCAACUCCGCUGAUAUUUUAAAAGCUUUGUAAAUCAGGCUCUAUGCUGAUCGCAGCAGAGCAAAUCACAUCUUUUACCCCCUCAUUUCUGGAAGCAGACACAUUACAAGGGAGCAAGCAUCUUAUGAUUUACACUAUGUUCCUGCUUUGAGCGUUUUUUUCCCUAUGACUGCCUCCCCUGGCGUUCAGUUCCGUUAGGUCACCAUCUACUGCAUGCCUAUUUAAUGCAUGCAUGUGGCUCAUAUUAUUGAAGUUAGCAAGGCUACAGACAAGCACAAGCCUUAUCAGGAUUGGAGAUUGUGAACUUCCAGGUUGGUAUUAACUUUUAACAUAGCCACAUACAGUUCCUAACCCAGUGACAUCUGCAGUACUUCUAUGAGCUUUUGUGACCAUUUGCUUUUCUCUUUGCAAGGUAAAAUGUGACCUGUUAACCAAGAAGGUUAUCACAGACUCCUUGUGUUUCUUGAUUUUUUCCCACAUCUCAGGAUUUAGUAAGUUGACCUAAAGCAAGAUUGGUCAUUGGGUUUUGCUUUGAGAUUCUGUCGGUGUCUUUGGCAUAGUGAAUAUAUUGGACAGAGAUAAAUGCCCACAAACUGCCAAGAAAGCUAAGUAGUUACUACUUCAUAGAAAGCAUUGCAAACUCUUUGAACUUUCCAUGAGAAAUCAUUUUGUACUCUUCAUUGCUCCCUUACCUUGAAAGUUCAGUGAACCUAUUCUAGGAAACUAUAUACAGAAAACACACACCACACUACAAAAACGUCCCUGGCUUUACAGUCCCUUUCUGCUAAGCACAGAGGGCUAUUCCAUCUCAUCCUGGCAGCAGAAGACAGUCAAAGGACUAUAUCUGCUAUUUCUUAUGUGAUUCUUUUAUGUUAACAUGCCCAUUUGGAAGCUGGGCUGUGCCGCUUGCUGUGGGGAGAGCAGGUACAGCACAGAGCAUUUCUUUUGAACCUUGGAUUGCAGCACCCAUGACCUCACUCCCAGCGGCAAGGAAGCCAAGAAGCUGUCCCAGAGCUUUUCCAGGUAAACCCCUCACUGUUAAAACCAUAAACACCAGUGAUCUUUACUUCAUGCACCUUGGGUGCAACUUUUUCAUUUACCCUACUUAUGAAUUCUUAUUCUUAAAUCCUUUGCAGUUCACCUCUAAAACACAAAAGGUGAACAUUCACACCUUCUUCCCCCCUCCAUGGUGUCCAAUUACAGAAACAUACAAUUAGGGAUGCUAAUGACAGAUUAUGAGGCAUUAACCUAUAAUGCCAUCCUCCAAUAACAGCAAAAAUGGGUCACACUGUAGCUAUAAUUAUCCUGGUUCUCUAGUAACACGCCCUAGUCGUGCCUUGUUUCUGCGAUAUCCCUUGUAUUUCAGUACAAAGUACAGACAGCUCUAGAUGUCUUGGAGGGUGAUCUGGAGCAGAUUGUUGAUCUGGCUUGCACAUGGACACGGCCUUCAAAAAGACUGAACAAUCUAGUCUGUAGCAUCUUUCCAACUUAGAGAAAACCAAUAAAGAAUUUUGGCACCUGCCUUUGUAACCUGCGGUUAGGAAGACAGACUCCAUUUUCACAGAGAGAAACUGAGGGACAGCAGGAGAAGGCUCCUUGGACAAUGGGAAUGGUGGCUCCACUGCUUCUGUCUGCUCAGCACUGGGGUGGUGUUGCAAUAGUCUGCAGGGUAAGAGGGCACAUAGAGGGGUGAAAGUGGGUGGAUAGGAAGAAAAGAAAUGCAGUACAGGUGAGCCCACCAGAUGAGACCAUGUAGCUUAAGAGCACAUGGGAAGUAGUCUGUGAUAGUGGAAUAGAAAUGGUAUUUUCAAAUAGAACAGAAACAUGAAAAUAAGAGUGCCCAAGAGAGGAAAAAAGGGAAAUAAAACUAAGAUAUCUGAAGGCACCAUGCAGGCUUUGUACUGGCUGAGAAGGCCACCUGCAUUGUAGCAUGUGCCCCAGGACAAGUGAUACAGCUACAAGAGUAAGGUGGCUGUUUGGAGUCCUUAAUCACUUUGUUGACUGCUUUCACUUUCCUUGUUAAUUAGCCAGCAGCAAAGGCAGAAAAUAAAUUUUGGACUACUGGCAAGCCAAGAAACAGUGUUUCUCAUAUGUAGAGUUGUCCUUUCAAUGCAUUUACACUAGGUAAGUUAAACAUUUCUAGGAACUGAUCCAUGAGGAGACCCUGGGAGGGACCAUUUCAAAGCUGGCUGAAAAGGUUUUCUACCUCCCUAAAUGCUAAAAUAUGCAUUUUCAGUGCAUCUGUAGAAGAAUCACAUAGCGGAGAAAAAAAAAAAGGAAAGUAUUGCUCUGACUUUUGAUUGGACUGUGAAUUAAGCAAACUUCUUUCCUACAAAUUUCUAAGGUGUUGGUGAAAGCGGUUCAUACACAAGACUUUGGUCUUUGGUGCUUCUGAACAUGCUGGCAAGGGGAAAAAUUUGUGCUGUUACUUCUCAGAAAUAGGUAAAUAGUAUGUUGAGACUAUUUCUGUGAAAAAAGGGGGCUAUAAUAUGCUGAAAUCCUAUCAAAACACUUCUGUUGUACUGUCCUGUUUUUGGUGACAGUACUGGUGAAGGUAUUUUGUAGGCAGCGAGUGUCAAGAAGCUGUCUCUAAAAUGUUGUCCUGGCAUGUUACUAGUAUAGAAAUUGGCAUACACCCAAAUGUCUUAUGGAUCUUACAAGAUCAAUGGAUAGGCAGGAAAGCAAGAAUGUGAAAUACAAGUGUGUGCUCUUGUGUAGUUUGCCUGACAUUCCCUUAAUCUUCUGUGACUUCCUCGGUGGCUUGCAGAAAAGCUGGACCUAGGGCCAAUUCAAAUCCCACCAGCCCAAGGGGAUGUUUCAUUGCAGAAGGGUCAGGCAACAGUUCCAGCUUUGAAGUUAGAUGCUCAGGUCUAUUGAUAAAUUUUAAUUUCAUUGUAGUCUUUUCCGCAUGUAUUUAGUGUGUCAUGUCAAUACCUCAGGACUACAGUGGUUCAAGGUGGUUUAAAGGCUCUCAGAUGCUUGCCUUGGUGGCCUCUCAUUAUAUUGUAUUGGCGAGGUGGGUAGGCACUAGCCCAGAUUGAGUUAGCCAGCAAUCACACUGAGUUUGCAUGGAUCAAGUUACUUCUCUCUUAUUUCAGAGCAAUAAAUUAUUGUUUACUGUUUGAUCUGUGAUAUGACCCAGAAUCUGGAGAUGCUGGGGGAGCCUGGUGAUAUCAGGAGUAGGAGAAGGAGGAGAAAAUGCCUUCCCUAUAGAACCUGCAGUCCCAGCUCCCUUGCUCAGUUCUGAGGAAAAUAAAAUUAAUGUUUGAGGCUUGGUGAAAAUGCCCUUGCUUCACUAUUACCCGCCUUUGAUGGAGGUGCCUGAGACCAACCUCUGCCACACAAAUUUCAGAGAUGAGACAGAAAAUUCAAAUUUGUGAAAAAUAAGGGAGACUCUCUUAAGGCCAGCCUAUUUUUAGAAGAUCCUCUGUGGAGAAAACAAAGUCUAAUUGGAAACAGACUUUAUUGUUGCAGUAACCCACCAUUUCACAUGUGACCCUGGGAGUCUUCUACCUCUCUGGGUUUGUUAAGUCUCAUUAACUGCCUGAGUCCCACUCAGCUUCAAAGUCAAUCCUGAAUACUACCUUCUCCUCCAUACCUUGCUAUUUUCAAGACACAAAGCAAACAUUACCGUUACUUCAAUGCUCUCCUCUUUACUAGUUAUUUUUUGAGAACACUACUUAUAGUGAUUUAGUGUCUCUUCUCUUGAUUUUUGUAUGUGUUAAUCUCCACUUAAUCUUUCUUACCACUGCAUAUGAGGUGGAGGAAAAGAUGUCUGCUGAACAGCGUAGCUUGGAAACUGUGCUUUUUUAAUUACCGGCUGUGAAGAAAUCUGUUUUUCCACCAAUUGACUUGCAUACUUUUUUAGUGGUAUAACAGUUUCUGAGGGGAGAUCUCCACCACAGAUAGCAACAUGAAAUUCCCUCCUUAGGAGGCAAUUGCCCCUAUAUCUGUAAGAUUCUUCCAAAUGCAUUGUCUUACAGUUACUGCCUUUGUGGCAAAUGAAGUGGAGGGGCUUUGAUCCUUCCCUUUGAGAGCCUCUACACUUUGCAGGCUGUAAGCAAUUUUCAGAAAUGCUCAGGACAGGAAGCAUGCCUCUAGGCACACCUCUGCUUCCCUUCCCUAGUGAGCCACCUCCACGGCACUUCAGCAGAGCAGCAGAUUGGAGCAGCAAACACAGUUGGCCAUAGGACAGAAAUCCUAGUGAUGAGUUCUUGCAUACAACAGAUCCUUACUACGUUUUGGUCUUCCACAAGCUGAUACCAUUAGUAUCUCCACUGUCACCAUUCAGAAGUCAUCAGCAGCUCUGUGCCCGAAGAUGUAAUAUCCAAGCAUCCAUUCCACCAGGGACCAGGAUGGCAGGGAAGGGAAGCAGCAGCCCUCCUGUGAGGUGAUGCACUGGGCUCCAAGGACACUUCUGUCCUUGGGUUUGCAAAGUCUUGAGAGGCUUGUUAAACGCUGAGCUCUGAACCUCUUCCCGCAAUGUGCUGUCAUAGGACUGGCUUGGGAAAACAAUUGAGAAGCAAGUGAGAGGAGAGCAUCAAGGUCAAGCCAGGGGAUGGGGUGGUCCAGCCCGUGGGCUUCCCACUGUGACCUAAAGCAAGCAAUGGAGAUGUUCUCCCUGUUACCAUGUGCUAGUUUCAGUCUAGGCCUUCCUGGAGACCAGCUUGUAGCCAGGAAGGAACUAGGAAAGUGACCAAGGAAGUAUUCCAUGCUAUUCCUUCAUGUAACCUGAGGUAUAAAUAAGCUGGUCAGAGAGACCUCUCUCUCUCUUCUUCCAGCGAGGUUUGGGAAUGGUAGGUCCCUGCGUCGGCCUUGCUUAUCUGGAGCUGAGGCCUGCAGCGACUGCUGUUGUCUAUCACACGUGAGGGGAAAGUGCUGGGCUGGGUCUGGCUGUCCUGCUUUUCUCUAGGGAAGUGGUUUUUCAGCUGUAGUCAGUGGGGUUUGGCAGGAAGCCAACUACAACCAGCUACAUACCGUAAAGAGGACCUUGGGCACACCUCAGCCUUCCACACUUCUGCCUCACCAGGACCAGCAACAGACGACAUCUGCAAGCAGGGACAGCACAUCAGGGGCAGCAGUGCUUAAUGGGAUCACCAUUUCUCAGCAGCCAAACUCCCUCACCAAAUGUCACUGUCUCGGCACGACAGUGGUGGUGAUGAGAUUCUGUGUGAGCAUGUGACUGGUCAGCACAAAGCUCUUCCUAUUCCAUCCAUCUCCCUUGUUUGGGUGCAAGCAGAGCGUGAGACCUAACAAACCUCAAACCCACUGACAGCGAGUUACAGAGCCUCUGAUUUCCGUUGUUUACUAGUCAAGUCCUCUGAGCCUCAGUCAGAACCUCCUCACUGGUGCAAGAGCUCCAUGUCUUCCCACUCUUACUCAGCAAACUGCCAGCAGUACCCCCACCCCCAGACAUUUGCAUUCAACUACCCUGAAUUUCAUCACAGAAAGCAAAUUUUGCCUAGCCACAACUUUGGAAGGGGCAAAAACAAAUGCCACAGGUCACAACCUGUUAUAUCUGAUCCUCCCUCCAGAUUUACCACGGUUUUUCUUCCCCAUCCCUGUUAUGUGGUGUUAGUGUCAGAUCCUCCUCUUGGCCAGAUGAAUUUUACAAGAAACUUGGUUAUUAAUCAGAUUUUACAGGGAUUUAAGGAAAGUUGCAAACACAAGCAUGCAGGCAGAAAGCUCUCACUAUCCUUGUGAAAUGGCUACUUCUGUUUCCCUGUAAAACCACACUUUUAUUUCCUCUGCUGCAACUUCUCAUGCCCCUCAAGUUCCUCAGGGGAAACAAUGAAGAAAACUCAUCAGAGAAACGAAUCAGGAGGAAGAGGACUGUACCAAUGGCACAAUGUGGGCAUUUCGGGAGGAAAAAUGCCAGCUUCUCUGAAAAAACUGCAGCAAAUGGCUGUUUUCAUGGGACUGUUCAGUGGCGGGGGAUGCAUCGUGAUGUAUAAUCUUAUGCAAAAAAGUUUUGCCAGGACCCAGUAUUACCAGCAAGCUUUGGAGCAACUGAACAGCAAUCCUGAUGCCCUGGAAGCCCUGGGUGCCCCCCCUCUUAAGGUUCACAACAUCCGACUGACAGAUGGGAGUAAUCGCGUAGACACAGAAAGAGCACAGAUAAAGCUACCAGUAUCUGGAACAAAAUCAGCGGGAUACCUCUACAUUAACUCGGAGAUGGACCACUCCCGUCAGCGCUGGUGCCUUCAGGAUGUCACCUUGAAACUACGGGAUGGUCAGAAUAUCCUUGUUUACCACUCCCCGGCGGAAAGCAUUGGUGUGCAAGAAGGCUAAAAAUCAGAGACAGCUGCCUCUCUGCCUCCCAUUGAGCCAAAGGAGCCAUUAAUCGAUUGCAUCCUGCUGUGUCCAUGAAUGUACACAGUUGUCACAAGUGACAGUUUCACUUAAGUGGGUGCUCUCAAGACAAUUUUCUCUCUAAGAUUGACCUCAUCAUUGUUGUAAUUGUAAUUUCUUUCUUUUGCUAGUUUAUUCAUGUGUUCAACAGAAGCCUAAAAUAAAUACCUUGCAAAAGACUUGCUGUUCCAGAGAAGUCAGGUGUGUGCUGGUAUUAUGAAUUUGAAAUAAAUAAACUGCGAGGAAACUUAGAUUUGUUUUACAAUUGCAGACCAAAAUCAGGACAGUUGGGCUGCUCUGUCAUAGCCAGAAGACCAAGCCAGCUUCUCAAAGCGAUUCCCUUGCUGCUUCAGUUUUCACUCAUUUCUCAACAAGGUGUUACCUAAAUCAGGAGCAAUGAAGCAGCAAAGGUGAGGCUCAGCAGCAGCACCCUCUACGCCACAUAUCAGGUAGAUUUGCUCCCUUACAGAUAUGAUUAAAAAGCUCAUGAAAUAGCUGAGGCUAUUCCUUGUAACUUAAGAAUUCCAGGAAGAGACUCGCUGCUCACACUGAAGGUCACUCAGAAGAAGCCACUGCCUCACACUGGCACUGCCUGACAUGAGUUCAGGAGGGGACAUUUACUUAGGGAGGAGAACACUCAGGAGGUGCAGAACAGGUGAAGUACUGUCCCAGUUCACUCUGACUACAAUAGGAGAUUUUGACUGUGCCAUGAUUCUGUCUAUCAGGUAGAGAAUUGCCCAUCACCAGAACUAAGCUGAGGAAUAAGUAAAAAAAACCAAAACACCAAAAAUACCCCAAAACCCAAACCAAAAACCGAACUACACCAAACAAACAAACAAAAAACCCCAAAUGCAUGCAUUUUCCACUCCCACCCCAAACUGCACACGUGAACAAUUGCAAAGCCUAAGGCACAGUCUGAGACAUUGAAAAAACACAAGUAACUGUCCUGCCUUCGUACCUUAAAGUAACACAUGAGCCAUUAAGAACCUCCCGACAGAAGAGUAUUUUGGAUUCACUCUAACGGAGAUGCUUAAGCUGGGAAAGCCCAGAGCUUAUAUCACACAUUUCCCUUUUCCUCCGUCUCCAUGUCUUCAUUCAAAUUUGAAUCCUAGAAACCCACCUGAGGCACAGGCACUGCAAAGCUUUUCACAGAGAAGGGCAAAUUAGAUCAAAGAAUUGUUGAAUAACAGUGAGCACUUUCUUGUUCAACAAUGACCCAGCAAGCUGGGCAAGGUGGCUUUUGAACAAACCUGAAGAGCAAAUGCCAUAGUAAAAAGAAAGAGAUACUAAAGGACCACAGCAAAGGCAUCUUGGACAAACAAUUUUAGAAAGAAACAAUACACAUGCUGUAGUUUGAAAUUCACGAAGAGCAGUCGGGAUGAACAGCUCUUGUGAGACCUGAUCCAACCCGCAUGAGAGCCCAGCACACCAGGGAGAGAAUUAGGAUGAAUCAAAGAGAGACAGCAUUACCCAGAUUAAAAUCACUCCUUACUGGUUUUGUAAAACAAAAUAUAAACCAUGUGAUGUGAAAAUAUCAGCCGAGCACUACUGCAGCCCAGCUAGCAAGAACAUCUGAGAGAUACGGAGAUCUCCAGGACACCUUGUGUCGCAGAGCUUGAUCAACUCUAGCUUUUGGUCACUGAAGAAGUUUGGUGGGGAAUCAAACAGUUGACAAGAAAAAGCCAAAUAAACCACUUCUCAUCCAUCAAUUACCACUUUCCUGGCUGCAGCUUUGAUUUCUUCCUAAUCUCCAAAGAUGAUGUGGCUGUGGAGAGCAACCCCAGCCUGUUCAGUCAGACAUAGUCCCUCCCUAUGUCUUCACUGGCUGCAUCUGGCACGCAUUGCUGUUCAUCUGCAUUUUGUCACCUCUGUGUGCAUAGUAAGCCUGGAGCCUGCAAUGGCUGAAAGGGGAGCAAGUGUCCAGGAAACCUGGCCACAAGCACCCCAGCCUGCCGCACAAUGCUGGCUCACCACCUCCUUGGCUCUUGAGCUGGCACACACAAGAUCCCCACUCUGGCUUCACAAAUUGCUGCACCACACCACCACUGCAUGGCCUAGCUCUAACCCUGGGUUUUCCAGACGGGGAAGAUGUAUCCUCACACAAACCUUACCAGUAAUACUGGAGAUUUUAUUACCUUUCUUGGGGGAAGCAGGGCCCACAAAGUGGUUUCAUCUCUCACUUUCCCCCCAGAGACCCAACAAAGCACCCCUUUAACUUUGAGCACACCCAGUCAUCCAAACCAACCAACGGGGUCACCAGAGCUGUAGGAACAGGCAGUAUCAUCAUAUCAUACCAAUUCUCUAAAUCAGAUCUUUAAACCCAGAGAAGAAAGAAAGCAAUGGGUGGAGCUGGAAGCCAGCAAAUCAGUACAGUGGGACAAGAGUAAAAUCACAAUCAAAUCCCUGCCUUUGUUUUAUUACCAAAGAGUCAGCAAACACAGAAUUUCUUACCUCGUGACCUUGAAGAGCUGCAGAAGUCACUUCCUCUCCAUGUUUGAGCUCUUUUAGGAUGCACAUAUUCAAAGGGGGAAAAAAAAACCUCAGCAGGCUGGUGCCAAGCUGCUUUAGCCAUGUGGCUCCCACUAAAUACAUCACAGCCCACGGCUGCUUUCAGAGAGGACACAGGUGCAGCAGGAGCAGCCAAGGGAGCUGGAACAUGCCAGGAAAACAGGGAGAGCAAAGGUCUCAAAACCUAGCAGCUGCUGAAAGCCCAAAUAACUUCAAAAGGGCACCUGGGCCCUUUGCAGUCUUUUCUUCUAAGGAACACUGGAGCAGAUUAAGUUCUAUUUAACUUCAUUAUGUCACUGAAACACUGAUUUCAUUUUUAUUGAGAAAAUAUUCACCUUUUGAUAAAAGACCCUAGAUCCCACAGAACAGUUAAGGUUGGGAGAAGCUUUGGGAGAUCAUCUAGUCCAAGUGUUUCAUUCCCACCAGGGUCAGCUACAGCAUAUUACCUGGGACCACAUCCAGUCAGCUUUUGAAGAUCAUUAAGGAUGGAGACUCUAUGACCUCUGGACAAGCUGUACCAGUGUUCAGCCAUUCUCACAGUAAAAAAAGCUUUCUCUUAUGAUUAAACAUAAUUUCGUGGGUUUCAGUGUGUGCCCACAGCCUCUUGUCCUGCCAAUGGACACCACUGAAGAGAAUCUGGCUCCAUUCUCUUUAGUCUUCCCUCACACUGAUAAGAUUCCUUGCUGAGCCUUCUCCAAUUCCAAGUCUCUCAGCUUUGUUAACAGGUGCUGCAAUCCUUUAACCAUUUUAAUCACGUUCAGUAUGUUAAAUAAUUUCUUUUUAAUUGUCUUGAAAAUUUGCACAGUUCCUUUGCCAGUUGUUGGUGUGGUUAAAACAACCAUCAUUGUCA